AUAAUGCGCUUCGUUGCCGUGACGCGUCCGGUGAAUACCCCGGAUGAUCCCCUUCGACUCACAAAGGAGCAAGUGUACGAGGGCUUGAAAGUCAAGGCGCGCGACCCAAUCCGUUUCGUGACUGUCAUCGACCGAUGUGAUGUCCUCAACGAGCAUGCGACAGGUCUUCUGCGCGAGGUCCAAUUCAAGAAUAAACCAGAGCCUGUGCGCGAGAAGAUUGAAUACUUCCCU